AAUUUUUUUUUACGAAUUAUAUAUUUACAAUCAUCAAUUUAUCAUUGUUUAUAAAAUUUAUUUAUUUAUAUCUAUAGUGUACAUUAUAUAAAAAAUUGAAUUUUUUUUUAACGUCAACUCUGCUCGGCGGUUUUAAGUCGACAACAAGGAAUUACCAACGAAAAAAAUAUUUUUAUAAAAAAAAAAAACUCCUGCACGCACCAAGAAAUUCCUUGAUUGUCCUUGAACCUUAAAAAACAUUUAAAAAAAUAAGAAAAAUAAAAUUAAAACAACAAAUUAAUUAAAGAAAAAAAAAAGAAAGAAAAAUAUUAUCAUUUGUAUUGGAUACUUAAAUAUUAUUAUUAUUUUUUUGUGUUUGUCGUGCGUAUAAAUAAAUAAUAAGUGUAUUUAUAUCAUCAGUUCUCUUGUGGUCGUGAUACGUGAAGAGCUGGCUGAUAAAUAAUUUAUAAAAGUCACCCGGUUUAUUAAUUAAUUAAUAAGUAUUAAUAUUAAAUGAAUUAAUUUAUUAAUGAGUAUAAUAUAUGAAUUAUCGAAGAGAAAUAUGAUAUUUUUAUCUUUAUCGUGAGUUAAUGGAUCAGUCGUUGAGCGACGUUAAAUUAAAUAGGGAUAGUUAAUAAGUGUUGGUUUUAUUGUUGAUAAUUUAAUUUUUUAUUAAUAAUGUAUCAAACAAUGUAUCCGUCACAUUUAAUGAUGCAGAUUGUCGACCAACCUAACAGACACUGUCCUCAGAUCUCUAUCCCUCCUUAUCCUUACUCCACCAGUUCGAGUAAUAGUAAUUACUACAACAGUAAUCAUAAUAAUAAUAGUAAUAACUAUCAUCACCAUCAUCAUCACCCUCCUCAUCAUCACAAUAAUCGACACCUAGUGCAUCAGAAUUUCCAGCAGGAUAGCAAUGGAAGACGUCAAUUAUUUCAUUUUAAUGGCAUUCAAACUAGACAACGUGAAUUGAUGCAGAAUUCAAUUUACUCACUGGGACACAAUCGCAGAAUGAUUGUUGAAAGUUUAUCACCUAGAAGACCAGGAGGAUCUCCUCCAGGAGGAAAUAAUACAAAUUUACCUGCGAAAAAUUGGCAUCAGAAUAAAAAAACAAAUAAUAAUAAUAAUAAUAACAAUAAUAAUAAUAAUAAUAAUAGUAGUAAUAAUAAAAGUCAUAAUAAUAAAAACGGUUAUUCAGUGCCAACGAACGCUAAAAAAGUUAGCAAUAGUGAUAGUAGUAAUUGUCAAAAUAAUAAUAAUAACAGCAAUAAUUAUAAUAAUAAUAUUAACAAUAAUCAUAAUAAUAAUGAUAAUAAUAACAAUAACAAUAACAAUGGAGGGAAGAAACAAAAUUACAACCGAUCAAAUAAAAGAAAUAUGCAGCGGGAUCAAUCACAGAUUAAGGAAGUCAAUAAUUACGGAAGUGAUAGUGGCUUCAGUUCACGAUCUCCAACGCCUAGUAAACAUGAUAGCCAAAAUGAAAGCUCUGAUGAUCGUGAGUCCAUUGCAUCUUCUGCCGAACCUGAUAUCAAAAAAUUUCAACAAACACGUCCAAGCCCAUCAUCAAAUAUAACUUUCACAUCUCAGGGAUUUAUUAAUAAUACAAAUCAAUAUUAUCCUAAUCAACAUAUGAAUUAUUGUCUCAGUACAAGUCCUACGAUAAGUCCGUCUGCAACACAACUGCACCAGCUAAAUUAUCAGGGAAAGAAACGUAAUCACACAGGUGAUCGAACAAGUGCGAUACACAAAUACCAUCAAGUCGGGAAACAACCGGAUUUGGCAAUGCAAUUUGCGAGUAUAUUCCCCAGAUCAUUUUUGGCUCCGGAUCGUUAUUUAGCUAGGUCAAAUUCGAUUGCAUCGAAGACAUCACCCAGUGAACUUUUACGUCACUCUAAGUGGGACAAAUUGUCACAGAGUGUUUGGGAUAAAUUUUCUUCCCAUCAGCAGUCUGAAGAAAUGUAUGUCAGAAAACUGAUGCUGUGGAAAUACUUGCUAAUUUAUAUCAAAACAAUAUAUCCAAGGUACAGUCUCUUUUUGGUCGGAUCAACAAUGAAUGGAUUUGGGGCCUGUACGAGUGACGUAGACAUUUGUUUAGUCGUACAAAAUACCGAGAUUAUUCUGCGAGAACGGGCGCUCGCACACUUAGAGGAAGUUAAAGCUUGUCUGAGUUACUGUGAUUUCAUUCAAAAUUUAGAAUUAAUUCACGCAAAAGUGCCAAUUCUAAAAUUUCGAGACGGAAUACAAAAUUUAGAAGUCGACUUGAAUUGUAACAAUGCCGUGGGUGUCCGGAAUACACACAUGCUUCACUGUUACUCCCGUAUCGAUUGGCGAGUACGGCCUUUGGUACUAGUCGUAAAACUAUGGGCCCAAGCACAAGACAUCAACGACGCCAAAAACAUGACGAUCAGUAGUUACUCAUUAGUAUUAAUGGUGAUCCAUUUCUUGCAAUGUGGUGUCACCCCGGCUGUUCUGCCGUGUUUGCAAACGCUGUACGGCGAUAAAUUUCGAGAUGAUUCCGACAUUCAUACCAUCGACAUCAAUGAAGAAAUGCACAUUCCGUCAAAAUUGUUGGGAGAAUUGAAUCAUCAGCCACUCGGUGAACUGUUCUAUCAGUUUUUCAAAUACUACGUCAAUUUCGACUUUAUUCGAUACGCGGUAUCGGUACGUUUGGCAAAGCAAAUACCUAUUGAAGAGUGUCGUUUUUCUCAUUCGUUAAAAAAUGAUCCUCACCAAUGGAAAUGGCUUUGUGUUGAAGAACCAUUUGACCUAACAAAUACCGCAAGAUCAGUAUAUGAUUUCGAUACCUUCGAGCACAUCAAACAAGUAUUCAAACUGACUUGUGAAACACUAGAGAAGACACAUUCACUGGAGAGUGUUUUCAAGAAAUUAAAACCACAAGAACAAACCACCGACUCUACCAACUCUUAAUAGCUAAA